AUGCUGGCAGAGCUGGAGUUCUGUCUGCUGCUGGCAGUGACACUGUUGAGCCCAGUCCCCAGGGCCCAAGCCAUGAAAGGUGUCAAAUGUGGGGGUGUGCUCUCAGCACCUUCUGGAAACUUCUCCAGCCCCAACUUCCCCAGGCUCUACCCCUACAACACGGAGUGCAGAUGGCUGAUUGUGGUAGCUGAGGGCUCCUCCGUGCUGCUCACCUUCCACACCUUCGACCUGGAGUACCAUGACACCUGCAGCUUCGACUUCCUGGAGAUCUACAACGGGGCCUCCGGGGACCAGAGCAACCUGCUGGGGAGGUUCUGCGGCCAGGUGCCCCCACCGCCCUUCGCAUCCUCCUGGCACGUCAUGUCUGUGGUCUUCCACUCAGACAAGCACGUGGCCAGCCGAGGCUUUUCCGCGGGCUACAAGAAAGAUGCGUGUGGUGGCGUCCUGACGGGCCUGUCGGGGGUCCUCACCAGCCCCGAGCACCCCAACAACUACCCUAACAAUGUGGAGUGCCGCUGGGUGAUCCGAGCCUCUGGCCCCGCCACCGUCAAGCUGGUCUUCGUGGACUUCCAGGUGGAGGGCAGUGAGCAGUGCACCUACGACUAUGUGGCUGUGCUUGGGGGGCCCGGCCCCGCCCAUGGGCACCACUACUGCGGCAGCUCCAGGCCCCCCACGCUCGUGUCGCUGGGCCACGAGCUGCAGGUGGUCUUCAAGUCUGACUUUAACAUCGGGGGCCGGGGCUUCAAGGCCUACUACUUCUCAGGAGAAUGCCAGGAGGUAUACACGGCGAUACGGGGCAACUUCUCCAGCCCACAGUACCCCAGCUCCUACCCCAACCACAUCCGGUGCCACUGGACCAUCCGUCUGCCUCUUGGCUACCGGGUCAAAGUGUUCUUCCUGGACCUGGAACUAGAGGGGCCCAACAGCCUGACCAGGACCUGUGACUUUGAUCAUCUGGCAGCCUUCGACGGGGCCAGUGAGGAGGCGCCCCUGCUGGGCAGUUGGUGUGGCCACCACCUGCCACCACCGGUCACCUCGAGCCACAACCAGCUCCUGCUUCUGCUGCACACAGACCGUAGCACCACCCGCAGGGGCUUCUCUGUGGCCUACAUUGGAGUUGUCCCCAUGAACGUGAGUUGCUCCCGCACGGACUUCCAGAUCCUGAUCUCCGCGCAGGCACUGGCCCCUCUAGAACGGACCAAAGUCUACCUGGGCAGCCGGAGCUGUGCUGCUCAGGAAGUUGGCAGCAACUUCCGGAUCCAGGCCCACUUUGAUACCUGCGGCACUGAGUCUCAGAGAAGAAAUAACACUUCAGUGAUCGUCAGCGUGCUGUACAUCGACUUCUCAGCUGGUGGGCAGGAGGAUAUCCACGAAUACGAGGUCCGCUGUGAGCCGAGGCGAAAGGAGGCCUCUGUCCACCUGCUGUCCGGCUCCCACUGGCUUGGGCCUUAUGCUGCCACGGCAGAGCACCUUCAGGAGGCACCACCCAGGGACGAGGCAGAGGCACUGGAGGGCCCCGUGGCCAUGGUGGCCCAGGACACCAGUGACAUCAUCUUCCUGGGCCUUUGCAUCCUGGCUGGAGUCCUCAUGGUCAUUGCCAUAGUGGUCCUGAUGCUGCUGUAA